CACAGUCACACAGCAAACAAGAGUAACUUAGAAGAAGAAUAUCCAACUGAAUUCUUGAACAGCUUAUCAUUCAACGGUGUGCCAGAACAUGAAAUACAAUUGAAGGUCUCAACUCCAGUGAUCCUUCUUCGUAACCUGGAUCGAUCUAUUGGCCUUUGCAACGGGACAACGAUCAUGAUAACACAUUUGGGUGAAAAUGUGAUUCGUGGUGAUAUUAUUGGAGGAUCAUAUGACAACACAACAGUUGCUAUUCCUAGAAUUGUGCUCAAUGUAACUCAACAUCGUUGGCCGUUCAUCUUAAAGAGGAGACAGUUUCCAAUCAGGUUGUGCUAUGCAAUGACUAUAAACAAGAGUCAAGGACAAAGCCUCGAUAUAGUGAGUGUUUACUUACCAAAGCCGGUGUUCAGUCAUGGAAAACUAUACGUAGCUGUUUCACGAGUUCGAUCGGCUGAUGGUCUGCAUAUACUGGUUGACAAUGACGGAGAAAUUCCACCAUACUACACCAGAAACAUAGUAUAUGAAGAAACCUUUUUGGAUGUCAAUGCAACAACUGAGUCUCAUACAGGUGAUCAAUUAAGUUUCUAUCAUCAAAAUAAUAGCAACCAUAUAAUUACUACUAUGCCUGCUUACGUACUACAGCUAACCAAAACAUAUACUCCUAUUGCAGAAGCCAUGGAAAUUGAUAGGGACGAGCCCAGACAGUAA